AUGGCACCCGUGAGAAGAUUAGAUAUCGAGAGACAUUUGAACAAGAAGAAGGUAGAUUUGGACUUGGAAAAAUUAAAUGAAGAAUUUGUUAAUGAACAACAUGAAGGAGAUACAGAUCUCGAAGAUAGUGAUUCUGAUAAAGAUGAAGAUCAUUAUGUUGAGGCAUAUGAAUCAAAAAUAUCUAACAUGCUUAAUAGUUUUGAGAAGAUGAAGGAAAAGUUGAAUUCAAAGCUCAAUGAUGCGAUAACACAGUUCCUUGAAAAGGAAAGUUUUAGGAUUUUCAAAGAAAUGAUGAAAAAUAUAAUUGUUGAGGAAAAAACUGAAAGCACAACACGUUUUGAAUUUCCAAGUAAUGAAACUGGAGUUGAAGGAAUCAAUUGA